AUGUCUCUCCCAGUGUUCUCGACACAGCCGUAUCCCUCUGUCCCACAUCCGUUUACCCCCACCAUACCUCUCUAUUCGCGGACGGACGAUUCUACAGCAAAAAGACGGCAGCUCGUUCUGGAGAACGCUGACCACCACUGGACCGCUCCGUUCAGGGACGGUCUACCUACUCCCCCAAACGACAUGGCCGGCGUUGCGUACAAUAGCAUACCACCCUCUGGCUAUGGCGGUAAAUUUGGCGGAAUCACGCUUCCUCCCUAUGCCAAAGGCCCGAACUAUACGCGCAUGACGUCGGACCACUAUGCUUCUACCACUGUGCCCCAGUCUAAGCCGCGGAACCAACCUUCGCUCCAGGACGCUCCCUCUGAGCCAGAUUGUCAGAAAAAAGGAAGUUCGAAGUCGGUAGCUUCUUAUCUGCAGAUACCGUCAUCUAUCAACAAUAGCAAAGGCAAUCUGGCAGAUUUUGCUGCUCAGAUGACCUGCUUAUUUUGGUUCGAAACGACGGCCAAGUUGAAUGACAUUGAAGAAAGAAAAAAUCCUCUUUACAUCGCUCCCGAAGCGAUCCCCUCCGCUGGGUUCCUAAAAUGGGUGACCAACAUCCUCUCGACUACACAAGUCAGCCAGAAUGUCAUUUUGUUGGCGCUUUUGUUCGUUUACCGAUUGAAGAAGUUUAAUCACCGAGUUCGGGGAAAGAAGGGUAGCGAGUAUAGGCUGAUGACAAUUGCUCUCAUGUUGGGCAAUAAAUUUCUCGACGAUAACACUUACACCAAUAAGACAUGGGCCGAAGUUUCAGGGAUUUCUGUGCAGGAAAUCCACGUUAUGGAGGUGGAAUUCCUCAGCAAUGUGCGAUACAACCUCUUUGUUUCCGAGGAGGAAUGGAGUCGAUGGCAUUCGAAACUUGGUCUUUUUGCCGACUUUUUCAACAAGGCAGCUUUGGCGCCAGAGCCGAAGGAACUAGAGUCUUCAACGCCCGCGCUUCGUGUUUCGCCUAACCUGGGGCCAACUCAGCUGCAUGUAUCGCCUUCGCCAAAAUUGCCUUCCCCUCCCAAUUCGGAUGUUCUUCGUACUCAGAACUGGAGUUUACCAUCGAACGCGCCGCCAUAUGUACCACCACCUCAGCUUGGCAAGGAAUUCCCGCUGAUGAGUUCGAAGAAACGGACUCGUGAUGAGUACGUCGAAGACCAGCCAGCGAAAAGAGUGGCAAUGCCAAAUACGAUGCCUGCAUCUGUAUCGACACUUCCACCAGCGGCCCUGACCGGUGUUCCUACUUUACCUCCAGUCUUGGCGGCAACAUCUGCACCGUCUUCUCAAAUGGGUGUAUCGGGGGCGGUAUCACGAUUGCCACCACCUAACUUUCCAUCGUCUUCCCAUACCCUGGCCCCAGGCGUUCCGACCUCCGUGCUUCCGUUUCCCUCCGUGGCUGGUCGCGCAAUGCACUCAGUCUAUAAUCCUUCCAACUGGAUAUCUCAAUUGCCACCCACUCAAGUUCCUCCAGUCACGAAUGGGCUGUACAACCCUUCCGUGUCACUGCCGGACCCUUCAAGGCAGCAUAAUAGUCCGUUUGGCGUGACCUCGGCCACCAUUUCCCCGGCGAUUUCGGCAUAUUCGACCCAUACACCACAGACUAAUCUUUCUCCUUCCUUCUUCCUCGCAAACCGGAAUUCACCCUACCGUCCUGUUCGCAACUUCAACACACUGUUGAUCCCUCCACCAUCGUCUUCUCUUCAACAACAGCGCACUGUCCCGUUCGAGCAUAUGCAUUAUCAGCCUCUCGGCAAAACAGCAGCAGAACGUAAGACAGGACUGCUGCCCUACCUUCACCACGAGGCUUGGCCACAGGGCCCCUUUCUUCAACCUACCUUCCAUACAACUCCACAUUAUUGA